AUGGAGGUAUAUCGCGACAGCGACGUCGAACAUUUGUUGGUUCUAGGGGGUUCCUCCCCACAUAGCUCUGUAUUUGCAUUGCUCGCUUGCGGGGGGUUAGAAGGCACCAGCUUGUCCUCUACCUGCGUAGCUAAGGGCACCAAGCUGAUAGCGCAGCCAGGAACGCCUGAAGACAGCGUGAGAAGCAGAGAGGAUGUGCCUUGUGCUGGUUUGUCACUGCAGACAGAGAAGGCCUUCCAGCGGCAGCAUGGGGCCUCUCAGUUGGCCCUUGCGCAGUCUUCAAAGAGGAGGGGAAAGGCGAGAUACUGGCGGGAGGUAGGACUGGGUUUUGCCACGCCUCGCUUGGCAAAGGAAGGCACUUACGUCGACAAGAAAUGUCCCUUCACCGGCAACGUGUCCAUUCGUGGCCGCAUCAUCAAGGGGAUGGUGAUUUCUGCCAAGAUGAAACGCUGCGUCGUUAUUCGACGCACAUAUUUGCACUUUGUGAGAAAGUACUCUCGUGUUGAGAAGCGGCAUAAGAACGUGACUUGCCAUCUGUCGCCAUGCUUCGAACAAGUCAAAGAGGGCGAUAUCGUCACCGCUGGGCAGUGCAGGCCCCUCUCGAAGACAAUUCGCUUCAACGUGCUUAAAGUCGAAAGCAACCAAGUGUUCGGCAAUGUGCGCAAACAAUUCCGUCUUUUCUAA